AUGCCAGAAAGACCCAUAAGUUCAGCGUUUACACUGGGACCUUGGCGAAAAUUUAGUGGUGUAUCAGUACUGCUGUUAUAUAUUCUACUAAUCACAACUGUCCUUUACUUGUUUCAUUUCACACCUGAGUCAUGUGGAUCACGUCAUUCUAAUCCCUGUCCAUAUGAGCCUACAAUCUAUAAUGUUCCAUUCGUCCGACCUCCACAAUCCCAGCGCAAGUUUACCAGUCCAGCUGUAGAAGAGUUUAUUGUACAUGUCACAGGCAAGAUGCGCGAUGGCGAUUUAAAAACUCUUUUGGAAAACUGUCUACCAAAUACCCUAGAUACGACUGUUGAGUGGUUUGACGUCGAUAACUCUUCCAGUAGCCAUGAUCCUCGUGCAUUUUUAAUUACUGGCGACAUUCCUGCUAUGUGGAUCAGGGACUCGACCAACCAAAUAUCUCCUUAUGCGUCAAUAGCCAAGAAAGAUCCAAGAUUACAACGAUUAAUCCUAGGCGUCUUGAACGUUCAGGCAACAUAUUUGUAUUACGACCCAUACGCAAAUGCAUUUUUAAGACCCUGGGAUGCGCCGAAGCAGGAUGAACGCUAUGGGGCAGACGAUCGUGUGAUUCCAAAUUAUGAUGCUACUUAUGUCUGGGAAUCUAAAUAUGAAUUGGAUUCUAUAGCCAAUUUUUUUCAAUUGGCAAACAACUAUAUCCAGGCCACUCAAGAUUAUGAAGGUGUAUUCCUGUCCUCAGAGUGGCUCAAAGCGGUCCCUCGUGUCUUGAUCGUACUCCAUGAUCAGAUGAAAGAUGGAUAUCGGUUUAGACGUACGACAGAACGUCCAACAGAGACAUUGGGAGAGAAUGGACGGGGGGGAAUUGCACGAGAAUGUGGGUUAGUAAAAAGUGCCUUUCGGCCGAGUGACGACGCAACUACCUUCCCCUACCUUAUUCCAGCCAAUGCUCAACUAGCAGUUCAGCUCCAGAUGUUAUCUGACCACCUUCAACAUGUGCCUCACCUAUUAACACCUUUACUUAUCGACAUCGAGCAAAGAACUCGAAAAUUAUCCCAGACCGUUCGUACAGCAAUUGAGAAGCACGGAAUUGUCGAACAUCCAACUUUUGGAAGAAUCUAUGCAUUCGAGGUUGAUUGUUAUGGAUCCUACCUGCUUAUGGACGAUGCAAAUAUGCCAAGUCUGUUAAGUCUUCCUAUUCUGGGAUAUGUAUCUCGUACAAACACUGUAUACCAAGCAACGAGAGCAUUUGUUUUGUCUCUGAACAACCCGUGGUAUUUUGAAGGCACCUUUGCCAGUGGGGUCGGUGGUCCACAUACUGGUCAAGACAUGAUAUGGCCUAUGAGUUUAUUGGUUCGGAUACAGACCUCUGUGGAUGAGGUUGAGAUCAGACAUGUUUUGGAUGAGGUUAAAAGAUGGUCAGCUCGAACUGGUUUGAUGUGUGAAUCAUUUGAUAAGAAUGAGCCAUCACAGUUUACCCGACCUUGGUUUAGUUGGGCAAAUGGACUUGCAGGUACCACUAUUAUCUAUCUACUCGAUCAUUAUCCCCACUUAGUCUAG